CUGCCUCCCACUCGCGGUCUCCCGGCCCCAGCGGCGGUCGCCGCCGCAGCCACCGCCACGCUGAGACCCCGGCCGUGGGACCCGCCGCAGCAGCGCAGGACCAAAGCCGCCGUCACGCUGAAGCGCCACAGGUAGCCUCGUUCAGGACGGACCCUUCUGGCAUUUGACCAUUUUGCAGUGGAAUACCGGAAUCGCGCAAAUCUGGGUUUGAAACUAUGAGCUCGGUAGCAGUGUUAACACCCGAGAGCUUUGCUGAGCACCGCAGCGGCCUGAGGGAUGAAGAAACGCGAGGUGGUGUCCCAGAGGAUGAGGCCUACAUCCCCACUUACUUGGAAGCUUUCCCCCCGCUCCCCGAAAAGGGAGCCCCGGGGGAAAAGUCCAGUGAGCUGACAGGAGUAUGGAACAAAAUCCGGCCUAUCAAAUCCUCUGUCAUCACCCAGGUGUUUCACGUCCCUCUGGAAGAGCGACGCUACAAGGACAACAGCCAGUUCGGAGAAGGUGACGAGGCCAAAGUGUGUGUGGACAUCAUGCAGAAGACAGGGGCUCACAUCGAGCUGUCCUUGGCCAAAGACCAGGGCCUGUCCAUCAUGGUGACCGGCAAACUGGACUCCGUCAUGAAAGCUCGGAAAGAAAUAGUCGCUCGGCUUCAGACCCAGGCUUCAGCUACUGUCACAAUCCCCAAGGAACACCAUCGCUUUGUGAUCGGCAAGAACGGCGAGAAACUGCAGGAGCUCGAGCUGAAGACGGCCACCAAGAUCAACAUCCCGCGGCCCGAGGACCCUAGCAACCAGAUCAAGAUCACGGGCACCAAAGAAGGCAUUGAGAAAGCUCGGCAUGAGAUCUUGCUCAUCUCGGCCGAGCAGGAUAAGCGGGCGGUGGAGCGCUUGAACCUAGAGAAGGCCUUCCACCCGUUCAUUGCCGGAGCCUUCAACAAAGUGGUCCAGGAGAUCAUGCAGGAAACGGGGGCCCGCAUCAACAUCCCGCCGCCCAGCGUCAACAAGGAUGAGAUCAUUAUCACCGGCGAAAAGGAACCCGUCUCCCAGGCCCUCCUGCGUAUCCGCAAGAUCUAUGAGGAUAAGAAGCGCAAGACGACCACGAUCUCUGUGGAGGUGAAGAAGUCCCAGCACAAAUACAUCAUUGGCCCCAAGGGCAACACCCUGCAGGAGAUCCUGGACGCCACCGGGGUCUCGGUGGAGAUGCCGCCCCUUGAAAGCAGCUCGGAAACCAUCAUCCUCCGGGGGGAGCCAGACAAGCUGGGCCCGGCACUGACUCAGGUCUAUGCCAAGGCGAAGAGUGUGAUGGUAGCUGAAGUAACGGCCCCAGCCUGGUUACAUCGUUUCAUCAUUGGAAAGAAAGGACAGAACAUUGGCAGGAUCACCCAACAGCUGCCAAAGGUUCACAUCGAAUUCACAGAUGGCGAUGAGAAGAUCACGCUGGAGGGACCCACUGAAGAGGUGGAGUUGGCUCAGACGCAGAUACAAGAGAUCAUUCGGGAUCUGCUCGGUCGAAUGGACUACACCGAAGUGCUCAUCGACCAACGGUUCCACCGUCACCUGAUCGGAAAGAACGGCGCCAACAUCAAUCGCAUCAAGGAACAGCACAAAGUCUCCGUCCGCAUCCCACCCGACAACGAGAAGAGCAACCUGAUUCGGAUCGAGGGGGACCCACAAGGGGUUCAGCUGGCUCGCAAGGAGCUGCUGGAAAUGGCCGCUCGCAUGGAAAACGAACGCACAAAGGACCUGAUAAUUGAGCAGCGCUUUCACCGGACCAUCAUUGGGCAGAAAGGCGAGAAAAUCAAGGAGAUCCGUGACAAGUUCCCAGAGGUCAUCAUCAACUUCCCUGACCCCUCACAGAAGAGUGACAUCGUGCAGUUGCGUGGUCCCAAAAACGAGGUGGAGAAGUGUGCCAAGUACCUCCAGAAAGUCAUUGCAGAGCUGAUCGAAAACAGUUUCUCCAUCCCGGUUCCGAUCUUCAAGCAGUUCCACAAGAACAUUAUCGGCAAAGGAGGCACCAACAUCAAAAAGAUUCGAGAGGAAACCAAUACCAAGAUUGACCUCCCCACAGAAAACAGCAACUCGGAGGUGAUCCUGAUAACCGGGAAGAAGGCCAACUGCGAAGGUGCCCGGGACCGCAUUCUGGCCAUCCAGAGGGAGCUGGCUAACAUUAAAGAGGUGGACGUGUCUAUACCAGCCAAGCUGCAUAAUUCACUGAUCGGGGCCAAGGGGCGGCUGGUGCGCUCCAUCAUGGAAGAGUGUGGAGGGGUGCACAUCCACUUUCCUUCCGAAGGCUCGGGCAGUGACAAGGUCACCAUCCGCGGGCCCGGAGAAGAGGUGGAGAAAGCAAAACGGCAGCUGUUGCAGCUCGCCGAAGAGAAGCAAAUCAACAACCACUCGGAGGAGCUGCACGCCAAGCCAGAGUAUCACAAGUUUCUGAUCGGCCGGGGAGGCGCGAACAUCCGCAAAGUGAGGGACCGCACCGGAGCGCGUAUCAUCUUCCCAACUCCGGAAGACAAGGACCAGGAGCUCAUCACCAUCGUGGGGAAGGAGGAAGCGGUGCGGCAGGCCCAGCACGAGCUGGAGAACCUCAUCCGGAACCUGGAUAACGUCAUUGAAGAUUCAAUGACAGUGGAGCCCAAAUACCACCGCCAUUUUGUGGCCCGCCGGGGGCACGUGCUGCGGGAGAUCGCCGAAGAGUACGGCGGGGUCACGGUGAGCUUCCCCCGCACCGGUGUCCAGAGUGACCGUGUGACGCUCAAGGGGGCGAAAGACUGCGUGGACGCUGCCAAGCGACGCAUCCUGGAGAUCAUCGGGGACCUGGAGGCCCAAGUGGUUCUGGAAUGCGUCAUCCCGCAACGCUUCCACCGUAUUGUCAUGGGAGCCAAAGGUUACAAGGUGCAACAGAUCACUCGGGACCAUGAUGUACUUAUCAAGUUCCCGGAGCGAGAUGACAAUUCAGGUUCAGAAGCACCGUCUCAGGAAAACGGCGAUGUGAGCCCCGAACCGGACCCCGCCCCCCGCAAAUGUGACAUCAUCUUCAUCUCCGGGCGCAAGGAGAAGUGUGAGGGGGCCCGGGCAGCUCUGCUGGCACUGGUUCCCAUCACCAUAGAUGUUGAUGUCCCCUUUGAUCUUCAUCGCUACAUCAUCGGACAGAAGGGAGCCGGCAUUCGCAAGAUGAUGGAGGAAUAUGAGGUGAAUAUCUCCGUGCCCCAGCCUGAGCAGCAAUCCGACGUCAUCAAGAUCACGGGCCUGGUACCCAACGUGGAGCGAGCCAGGGGCGGCCUCCUAGAGAGAGUGAAAGACCUGCAGGCCGAGCAGGAAGACCGGGCGUUGCGGGGCUUCAAGCUGACGGUGAGUGUGGAGUCCAAGUACCACCCAAAGAUCAUUGGCAAGAAGGGAGCGGUCAUUUCCCAGAUCCGCAAGGACCACGAUGUCACCGUCCAGUUCCCAGACAAAGGAGAUGAGAAUCAGGAGCUCAUCACCAUCACUGGCUAUGAGAAGAAUGCUGAAGGUGCCCGGGAUGCCAUCUUGAAAAUUGUGGCUGACCUCGAGGAGAUGGUCAGUGAAGACGUCCGCCUGGAUCACCGGGUCCACGCCCGCAUCAUCGGUGGGAGGGGCAAGGCCAUCCGAAAACUCAUGGAAGAGUUCCGGGUGGACAUCCGCUUCCCUCAGCCAGGCUCCAGCGACCCAGACCGAGUGACGGUGACAGGGCUGCCCGAAAACGUGGAUGAUGCGAUCGACCACAUGCUGAACCUGGAAGAGGAAUAUAUGAUGGAUGUGGUGGAGACGGAAACCAUGGCUGCGUAUAUGAAGCCCCCCUCUCGCUUGGGGGAGGAGCCCCGGGGCCCGGCCAAGGGCUUUGUGGUGCGCGACGCCCCCUGGAACGCCUCUGGGAAUAAGGCUCCAGACAUGAGCAGCGCCGAAGAAUUCCCUGUCUUCGGCACCGGUGUGGUCUCCAAGCAGACGUCCGUCUGGGGCCCCAAGAAGUUUUGAAAUCACGGGGGGCGGAGGACCCGACCGGCCAGGCAUGGCUGCAGCUGCCUCCCUCGGGCGUCACGCCACGGCUCUCCUGCGCCGCCUUCCUCUUGCUGUCGGGACGCGGCUGAUUCCUCCUCCUCCUCCUCCCUCCUGCACUCUCUCCCUCAACUCCGUGCAAUCCAUUAACCGAUCAAAAGCCAUAACCAGCCUCCCUCCUCGUCCUUCUUCCUGUCGAGCCAAAGUAGGCCGGGUUGUAAGCACACAAACGUAAACAAGCCUCACGUGGCUUCCGUCCUUUUUGUUUUCUCCCUCUCUGUCUCUUUCCGACCCCACCCCACCCCCCAUGCCAAACUUCAGGGCAUUAAUAUCUCUUGGCCAAACUUGGCUGUAACACUCCCACCUCAGCCGAAAAAAGCCAGGACCCGUUCUCUCCCUCCCCUCCCCGACUCCUGCUACUUAACAGUUGUGGGAUGGUUGCAUGUUUCACACGCCCAGAACAGACCGGAGGAGCCGAACUUUCUGGGGCUCAGCCCGAGGUCCGUGGACAGGCUGAUCUCUUGUGUGGCUGCCUCCAACAGGCCCUCCUUCCUUCCUUCCCCCCCUCCCCGCCAGCUAGCCAGCCCUCCUGCCUUGGGCCACUGGUCCUCCAAGCUUGCAAAUAGCACCCCCCUCCCAGGCGAUACUAUUGAAUUUGGAGCUGCACCAUUGGGAUAGGACUAAGGUGGGGGGAAGUGCCAUGUCAGGGCGGGGCGGGGCGGGCGUAGCUAGGGACGAGAUUUCCGGCUUCCCACGGCUGGAAGAAACUCUUUAGAAGCAGGUAGCACUUAGAAACUUUGGCAAUUAGGCAGGCUCGUGCCUGCUCCCUCUCUCUUUCUGGCCUCAUUCAGACAACACGCUAAACCACGCUGCUGAACCACAAAAUGGUUCCAUUAACCAUUUUGUGGUUCAGCCAUGUGGUUUAGCGUGUUGUCUGAACGGGGCCAAUCUCUCUCUCCCAUCCCCUCUUUUUCAUCCAUGGCACAGUAUAGAGUCUGUGAUUGGGUUCCCCCCCCCCCAUUUUCAACCCCUCCCCCUUUUUUAAUUCCCCCUUCCUCGUGUCUUCCUCCAAGUUGCACAUGCUUUGAAACAUUAGGGGAAAAUAUGCAACAUUGAACAAAGACAGACGCUUUCUUUUUUUCCCAUUGUUUAAGUUUCUAGUCCUCACCAUAUUUUCCAGAGUUUAAACUGUGAUUUCUGGAGAGAGUGUGUGUAUAUGUGUGUGUGUGUGUGUGUGUGUGUGUGUGUGUGUGUGUGUGUGUGUGUGAAGGGGGUGGAAGUGAGCACAGCAGCUCCACCUGUUCCCCCCCCUCCAUCCCCAUUUGCCAUGUCUGCAUGACGAGGCAAGGAGAAG